UUUAUUUCCUUCUACGUCCUUUCAUUUAUUCAAAAGGUUGGGUUGAAGUUUUCGACGGCGCUUUUAUUUCAAAACUCUGCUUUGCGGAAAGUGGUGCUAAAAUUGGAAAGUCUUGAUAUUGGUUUUAGUUUAAUUUCGAUAUUUACUAGUCAUGAAAUGCUCAAUAUUUUAUUUCAUCUUGUACAUAUUUGCAGCUAAUAGUAGUGUAAAUUCCACGCCAAAUAAAGAUCUCGUAGAUCUUGAAAGAAAUAACCAAUCGUCAUCUUUAAAUUUUCAUGAUCCAUGGAAUGAAUACUUCGAAAAAUUAUAUCAGAACGCAUCUAAAUAUUUUAAUAUCCAUGAAUUUUCGAAAGAAAGAUACGAGUUUUUGUCAGAUGCUCAAGCCAAAUGCUUUGAUGAUGUCAAGUAUAUUUUCCAUCACUUGAAAUCAAAAUGGGCAAUUCAAAUGCUAGACGCCAACGGUAAAGUACCCAGCGGGACUUUGCUUGGGAAUUUCCUGUGGAUGGGAAAGUACAAGGAAUGCUUGGAUGUGCAUUUCACUGCCAAGGAGAAUGACUCUCUCUCAAACAUCAAUGGUGUAUAUUGUGUGGCCACUUGGAAUGUCACAGCGCCCUCUAAUUUUCAUUUGUUAAUGCAACAACUGCCAGUCAAAACAGGACUUUGCUUGCCAGAAUCGUGUAGUUCUUUGAAUAUCACACGCGAUAUGAAGCACUUAGUGAGUUUCCUUCAUAGACUGCCAUUUCUCAGAGAAUAUGGGGAACUUCUUGAUUUGAAUUCGUUGACAUGUAAAGAGCAAUUUCCUGGGGUUUCAACUUCUGCAAAGAUAUUUUUAUAUAUUUUAGGUGCUUAUUUCACUCUUAUCAUAGCUGGUAGCUGCAUCACUGCCUUUGAAUACAUUCAGAGCUGUUUUAAAAACUCUUCAAGUCCCUCAAGGAAUGGAUCAGAAUCAAGUACAUUUUCCGACUUUGUGAGCGAAGAAGAUUUAGAAGGGGACACUUGUUUGCUUCAUGAUGAAAAUUGUGCCACUACACAAGUUUCAUGGUAUAGAUAUAGAUGUGAUUUGUUCUCACAAACUGUUUUCAAGAAUAGUUUCAAGGCAAGUUUAAGAUUUUUGAAAAGUUUUUGCUUUUUUUCAAAUGCUUCCAAGAUUUUGGAUACAGAAUCCUCUUCAAAAAACUUUCUCUGUAUCCAUGGCAUUAGAUUUCUUAGUAUGGCUUGGGUAAUUCUUGGGCAUACGUAUAUUCACAAUUUGAAUAUUAUUGGUAAUUCCAUGGAUUUACUACGGAGUGUUGAUAACUUCCCCUUUCAAACCGUUAUUCAAGGCACUUUUUCUGUGGACUCCUUCUUUCUAAUGAGUGGAUUUUUGCUUUGUUAUUUAUUUCUGGAAGAAUCUGACAAAAGAAAUGGAAAAAUAAAUCUUUUUAUUCUGUGUUUACAUCGAUUCAUAAGGUUGACUCCAGUUUACGCACUGCUCAUCGCUUUCAAUACGUUAGUGUUCAAGUACACUGGUUCAGGACCCUUUUGGGGAGAAGAUUCCAAUGUUGAAGCAUGCAAGAAGUACUGGUGGUGGAACUUGCUUUACAUCAACAAUUUUUUGCCGAUGGAAUCAAUGUGUCUUACUUGGACGUGGUAUUUGGCUAAUGAUAUGCAGUUUUUCUUGAUGGGCGUGCUAAUCUUAACCAUUUUGUGGAGGUGGCCUGUUGUUGGUUUAGCUAUAAGUAGUGCUCUACUCAUCUGCAGUUGGAUUUUGACUUGGUGCAUCAGCUACUCUUACGAUCUCAUUCCUUUGUUUGUUGGAUUAUCUACUGCCUCUGACUAUGAUUCCUACAAAAACGGGCUACUUCUCAAUUGGAAUCGCAUAUAUAGUAAACCUUACUGCCGAUGUGGACCUUACAUAAUCGGGAUUCUUCUAGCAUACAUCAUGUACCAGCGCAGAGAUAGUAAAUGGAACCUAAAUUUGGGAGUGAAAAGUUUCGGUUGGUGCUGUGCUACCCUUUGUUCCUUGAGUGUCAUCUUUGGACUCUACCAUGUCAAGAAUAAUGAAACGCUGUUUCAUUUCUACAAUGCUCUCUCGCGGAGUGCAUUCUGUCUAGCCCUUGCUUGGGUCAUUUUCUGCUGCCUCUCUGGGAAUGGAGGUCUCGUGGAUCGGUUUUUAUCUUUGAAAAUCUGGAUCCCUCUGAGUCGCCUCACCUAUUGCGCCUACAUGUUCCAUCCCCUCAUUAUGAGCUGGUAUUUUGAAUCGCAGGAAACACCUUUUUACUUCACCCAUGUGAACAUGAUUAUGUUGUACUUCGGUUUUCUUGUCGUCUCCUACAUCACUGCCUUUGCUAUCAGUGUGAUAUUCGAGACUCCAAUUAUUAACAUUGAAAAGAUGCUGAAGAAGAGGAAUUCGUAAAAGCAUGUACUGAAGUUCAA